AUGCCCACCGCACCCACCCCAACCACCAUGCCCACUCCGACCACCCCAACCACCAUGCCCACCGCACCCACCCCAACCACCCCGGCCAAAACGACCACCAGGCCCCGGCCGACCCGCCCGAAGCCGCGGGGGCAGUGUCCGGCGAACACCAUCGCCCGGGGGUGCCAGCAGUCCUGCAAGCGGAAACACCAGGAGUGCUGGGGGAUGGAAUGCUGCGCGGACGGGGAAUGCCAGGGGGGCAAGAGGUGCUGCCCCCGAGGGAUGGGCAACAAAUGCCUGAGAACGAAGGAAGGAGUGUGCCCCGUCAAUGACCUACUGGGUUACUGCGAGACCCUCCCGGUGCGCAAGUCCCUACGAUGCUGGCCAAUUAAGUGCCUCUGCGAUUCGGAUUGCCGGAGCGGAUUCCGCUGUUGCCCGCACCAGUGCGGGCGCAAAUGCAAACGCGCUGUGAAAGUACGCAGUCCAGGGAAAUGGAAGUGGAAGGGGCGAGGCUGGUGGAAGCAUCGCAGGGGCUGAGGGAGACGGAGAAAGGAAGCUGGCAACUCCCUGCAGGAACAGCACCGGAAGAAUGAAACCAGCAAUCUCAAAAUGCAACAACAAAAUUCACUGCCCCCCCGCCCCGGCUCUCCCCACCUCCAUAGCCCUGUAUCCGUCCCCAAACUAAUCCCACUGCCUCCCCGCUCUCUCUCCCCCAAUAGCCCUGUAUCCGUCCCCAAACUAAUCCCACUGCCCCCCCGCUCUCUCACCCCCCCCAUAGCCCUGUAUCCGUCCCCAAACUAAUCCCACUGCCUCCCCGCUCUCUCCCCCCCAUAGCCCUGUAUCCGUCCCCAAACUAAUCCCACUGCCCCCCCCACUCUCU